CCCCCGCCCCACCGCGGUCCCCACAGCCUCCGGGCGAGGGAGUCCAGCCCCCGCGCCGCGUCCCGGCCCCGCUGCGCCACCAUGUCCUCGACAGAGAGCUCGAGUCGCACGGCGGACAAGUCGCCGCGCCAGCAGGUGGACCGCCUGCUCGUCGGGCUGCGCUGGCGGCGGCUAGAGGAGCCUCUGGGCUUCAUCAAAGUUCUCCAGUGGCUCUUUGCUAUUUUCGCCUUCGGGUCCUGCGGCUCCUACAGUGGGGAGACAGGAGCAACGGUUCGCUGCAACAACGAAGCCAAGGAUGUGAGCUCCAUCAUUGUUGCGUUCGGCUAUCCCUUCAGGUUGAACCGGGUCCAGUAUGAGAUGCCCCUCUGUGAUGAGGAGUCCACCUCCAAGACCAUGCACCUCAUGGGGGACUUCUCUGCCCCUGCUGAGUUCUUUGUGACCCUAGGCAUCUUUUCCUUCUUCUACACCAUGGCUGCACUAGUCGUCUACCUGCGCUUCCACAAACUCUACACGGAGAACAGGCGCUUCCCAUUGGUGGACUUCUGUGUGACUGUCUCCUUCACCUUCUUCUGGCUGGUAGCUGCAGCUGCCUGGGGCAAGGGCCUGACCGACAUCAAGGGGGCCACACGGCCAUCCAGCCUGACCGCAGCCAUGUCUGUGUGCCAUGGAGAGGAAGCAGUGUGCAGUGCCGGGGCCACACCCUCCAUGGGACUGGCCAACAUCUCCGUGCUCUUCGGCUUUAUCAACUUCUUCCUGUGGGCCGGGAACUGUUGGUUUGUGUUCAAGGAGACCCCAUGGCAUGGGCAGGGCCAGGAACAGGACCAGGACCAGGGCCAGGGUCCCAGCCAGGAGAGCGCAGCUGAGCAGGGAGCCGUGGAGAAGCAGUAAGCAGCCCCCACCUGGCUACUCCCGAACAGGACAGCACCUCUUCAACCACCUCCGGCUUCCAGGACCUCCCUCUUCUUCCUUCUCCAGCUCCCCUCCCCCAUCAUUCUGGGCUUUGAGCUUUGAGACGUCGACGGAUGGGCAGGCAUCAGCUGUUGGAAACCUGGGCAGCCCUCCCAGUGGCUUCCUAUCCCUCCUCCUACUGAAGCCCCAGAUGGCAGGAGCUUAGUGCUUCUUGUCCACUGCCUGGACAGGCAUCUUACUUGGGGUCUUACUCAUGUCCUCACCGCCUCUGCUGCAGGCAAGGGUUGGAGGCAGGAGACCAGAGUCCUGAGACUGGUUCCUAGCAGCCACUUCUAUCACCCUGUCCAGCUUCAAUAAAAAUGCAAGGGUUGGGGGGGAAUUGGCUGGCAGCCUUCUCCCUGGUCCCUUGCAUGGAGGGCCCACCAGUGGUUUAGUGACCCCUCUUCAAUGGCUGUGAUCUAGGCCCCAUGUCUGCAAUGAUCUCCAGUCAGCCCAAGCUCAGUUUGCUUCCCGCUCUCUCCUCUGGCCUCUGCUUGGCCACAGAAUCUAAAAUGUGUGAACCUGGGAGGCGCACUAGCCUGGAAAACAGCCCUUCAGAGGGUCCUGAUGAGGCCUAGACUCAGUGGGGAGCCGACAAAUAGCAACUGAGUUGCAACUUCAAGAAACUAAAGCCAGGAAACGUUUUGGGGAGUCAGUUUCUUCUAUUUCCUCAGUCCUCCCACCCCUUCAGGCUGGGGCACUUUCCACCAACAGGCUAAACUCACACUUGCCCUGGGAAUUCCUUACCUUCCUCCCUGUCCUCCUUCUUGGGCUUGGCGUCACACUCGGGACACAAGAUGAGGGGUCUAGGAACAUAUCCAUUUCAGCCCUCCCUACCUCCAACCUCUCCGUCCCUCUCCCUUCCCCAGCCUCUAGGGUCUGAGGCAUUCAAGAUCCUUUUCGAAGUUUGUCAAGGCUUUCCUUUCAUUCCUGUGGGGCCAGAUACGGGCUUUGGAAGGGCCCAAAGGACCAUCAUGAGGCUAAGUUGCCCCAGAGCCCCAGGACAUGGAUGGAUGGGCCCAUUUCCUCCUCACUCUCUGCUCAGUUUUUUCCCCCUCCCUGCUCCUUCUCUGGCCCCUCUUUCAUACUUCUUCUUCUCACCUUUAUGAAAGGACAUGCCCUCUCCCUGUGUCCUCCAUUCCUCCCCUGCUUCCUCAUUUCUCCCAGGCUCUAUCCUCCCCACCCACCCCCACCCAAGUCCAGGGCAGGCCGAUGCUAUUGGUGCUUCUUCACUUCGGGACCCAGUACCAUAUUUGUCUUUGGUGUGUCUCCUCUUCCUGAUACCUCCUUCAGUCCCUUUCUGGACCCCAGGGCCUAAGGGUCAGUGCUGACUGGGUAAGGGCCAUCUGUCUGCCGCCCAGCUAGAAACACUUCAGUCUGCCCUGACCAUAGGGCUGCCCAGGAAGGAUGAAGAAGGAAGAAUCCAGCCAUUUUCCAAUCCAGUGCCAAUUAGCCCACUUACCAUCCCAAAGGUGAAUGUGCCCUGUACCAAUCUCUCCUCAGGACUGAAUCAGCCCCUCCAACCUCCUCACCUCCCUAAACACCAGCCACAGUAACAUGUGCAUUACUGGAGUACCUGGGAGUCAAGACCUUUGACUUCUGGCCAAUCAUUUCUUCUUUGGGUCAGAGUUUCCCUACUUGACACGGGGAGUGUGAGAUUUACAUCCUCAAGUGCUCCAGAGUCUUUCAGUGAAAUAAUUAGUUUUUUUGUUUUGUUUUGUUUUUUAGAUGUUGGGGAAGGGAUCUGAGGAGGGAAGAGAGGAUAUGGGGAUGAGAGUGUUUCUAAGUCUGAACCUCUCUCUGUCCUGAGCUGUCCCCGUGGUUACUCAAGGAUAAGGGGGGGGGGGGGGGACAGUUUUGCCUACAGCUCCAGAGACACAGAGAACAAAGGGGUGACCUUCAUUUUUCUUCACGCUGGCCCCUGUGAGGGUCUGUGAGCAGCUUCUACUGGAACUUUGUUUGGAUUCUGUGUAUGUAUUUAUAAUUUAUCUGAAAUGUGAUGGAUAAAGUGUUCUCACUUGGGGGCUGAAGUUAGCAACUGGCCCUUCAGCUAGGGAAAGGGGGGUGGGUCUGCACUCCUGCCAAGGACUCCUAGCCCAGAACUCUCCCUAGAACAGAGAAGGCUCUUUCUCUUCCUCAGGAGGCUGGCUUGUUCUCCGCCAGAAGAGCCUUGAUUUAGGCUAUGGCCCCUCUCUCUCCAUGGCCACCCUAAGAGGAAAAGCUACUUCACCUCGUUACCUCUAGAGGGCUGGGCUGGGCUAAGUGCCGAGGGCAGGGCUGUCCUCAUAGGACUCAUGUCCCCUCCAGCUGGGGCUGGUAUCACUGCUUUGCCUAGUGCAGCCUGAGGUAGGAGAAGGUGUCUGGUUUCUCCAGCUGCUGCAGGAGGCCAACAGGCAGGGCAUCUGCCCUUUGCUCUAGUAAACUCUGACCCAGCCAGGGUGCCCAUCUAGGACCUUUCCUGAACAUGAGUUCCCUCCACCAUCAUGGUCAGAGGUCUCCUACUUCCAGGAUUGCAGAUCAGGGGUGGGGGGAGAAUGUUGCAUGUUGUUUUCUGGUGCUUGUUAUUACACAUUUGAAUAAACAGUGCUUCAAGCAUUUGCUAUGAAGGAGCCAA